UUCCCGGUCCCGGGGCAGACGACCCGCAGGCAGGCGCUGCUCCACCCCGGGCCGGCUCCCGGCGAAGCGCCCGGCGGGGCCGCCCUGCGCACGGAGCCGGGGCACCCGCGAGUCCCCGGCGCCUCCCGCUCCGCGCAGGGGCGGCGCAGGGCUGGAGCAUCCGCGGGGCCCCGGGCGCCGCUGACCGCCUGGAGCAGCCCGGCGCGCGGGGCCUGCCCACGGGUCCCGCGCCCCGCGUCGGCAGCGGGGUGGAUAUGGCUGCGCGUGUGGGCCUCCUGCUGCGCGCCCUGUGGCUGCUGCUGGGGGGCGGCCUGGACGCCCAGCUCGCCGAGCGCGGAGGCCAGGAGCUGCGCCGGGAGGCGGAGGCAUUCCUGGAGAAGUAUGGAUAUCUCAAUGAGCAGGUCCCCAAAGACCUCACCUCCGCAAGAUUUAGCAAUGCCAUCAGGGAGUUCCAGUGGGUAUCUCAGCUGCCCAUCAGCGGUGUGCUAGACCCUGUCACCCUGCGCCAGAUGAUGCGGCCCCGCUGUGGGGUGGCAGACACAGACAGCCAGGCGGCCUGGAACGAGAGGGUCAGUGCCCUGUUUGCUGGAGGCCGGGCCAAAAUGAGGCGUAAGAAACGCUUUGCAAAGCAAGGCAGCAAGUGGUACAAGCAGCACCUCUCCUACCGCCUGGUGAACUGGCCACAGCACCUCCCUGAGCCUGCAGUUCGUGGGGCCGUGCGAGCCGCCUUCCAACUGUGGAGCAAUGUCUCGGCGCUGGAGUUCUGGGAGGCCCCAGCCACAGUCCCUGCUGACAUCCGCCUCACCUUCUUCCAGGGUGACCACAACGACGGGCUGGGCAACGCCUUCGAUGGCCCAGGGGGCGCCCUGGCGCACGCCUUCCUGCCCCGCCGGGGCGAAGCGCACUUCGACGGCGACGAGCGCUGGUCCCUGAGCCGCCGCCGCGGCCGCAACCUGUUCGUGGUGCUGGCGCACGAGAUCGGCCACACGCUCGGCCUGCAGCACUCCCCCGCGCCGCGCGCGCUCAUGGCGCCCUACUACAAGAGGCUGGGCCGCGACGCGCUGCUCAGCUGGGACGACGUGCUGGCCGUGCAGGGCCUGUAUGGAAAGCCCCAGGGGGGCUCAGUAGCCAUCCAGCUCCCAGGAAAGCUGUUCACUGACUUUGAGGCCUGGGACCCCCACAGGCCCCAGGGAAGGCGCCCCGAAAUCCAGGGUCCCAAAUACUGCCACUCUUCUUUCGAUGCCAUCACUGUAGAUGGACAACAGCGACUAUACAUUUUUCAAGGAAGCCACUUCUGGGAGGUGGCCCCAGAUGGCAAUGUCUCAGAGCCACGCCCACUACAGGAAAGGUGGGCUGGGCUGUCCCCCCACAUUGAGGCUGCUGCAGUGUCGUUGGACAGUGGGGACUUCUACUUCUUCAAAGGGAGCAGAUGCUGGAGGUUCCGCGGCCCCAAGCCAGUGUGGGGUUCACCACAGCUGUGCCGGGCAGGGGGCCUGCCCCGCCACCCCGACGCAGCCCUCUUCUUCCCGCCUCUGGGCCGACUCGUUCUCUUCAAGGGUGCCCGCUACUACGUGCUGGCCCGAGAUGGACUGCAGGUGGAGCCCUACUACCCCCGGGGCCUGCAGGACUGGGGCGGUGUCCCCAAGGAGGUCAACGGCGCCCUGCCUCGGCCUGAUGGUUCCAUCAUCUUCUUCAGGGAUGACCGCUACUGGCGCCUUGACCAGGCCAAACUGCAGGCGACCGCCUGGGGCCGCUGGGCUGCAGAGCUGCCUUGGAUGGGCUGCUGGCAUGCCAACUCGGAGGGUGCCCUGUUCUGAAGACACCCCCCACCUCUUGCUGAAUUGUUGGUGCCCUCAUGGCCAGUGUGUGUGCCCUGGCCCAGGGGCAGGAUCUGUGUUGGAAGCUUCUGAGCCUCCCUGCAGAGGACCAGGCAGGAAAGUUUGCAUUUGUUCCCUGGAGAAUGUCUUUGUGCUCUUAAGACAUUGAUCUUUGUGGGAUCAAUCCAAGGAGAAGCCAAAAAGGGUCUCAAACCCCAAUGGCUCUUCCUCAAAGGACCCCAAGCCUGGAGGAUUUUGUUUCUUCUGCUAAAGGUGCACUUUCUAUCAAUGAGGCGACAGCUCAGGCGGCCAGAGAGGAUCUAAAGCUCGAUGGAGAGGUUGGGACUUCUUUGCAAGACUGUCUCCUUCCCCUCAGAACCUCCUGGCUCAGUUCUUGGAGAGUUGGGUCUUUUCAAAUGUGAGGCCUCACCUCCAGGAAGCUUGUGUGUGUUGGGUACAAGGAGUUUCCAAGGACCCCUCUUGGGUGGGAGGGUCAGGACCCAGAGCAAGAGGGAGACUGAUGCAGGCCUGCUGGGCUCGACUUUGGGGGAUGGGGUGGCUGGAAUAAAGUGGUGUCCCCAGCUGGUGGGCCUGGAGGCGGG